AAGAAGCGCAGCUAUUUCAAGGCAGAUGGGGUCUUUGAAAAAGCGACCUCUGCAGCUUUAAAAAACGGUGAAUGGUUGUUUUAAAUUACAGUCCACGUGAAGCUAGCGCGUUUCUAUUGAUCGCCCCUCAGUGUUGGCUAACGCGGCACUGGUGCUGUGCAGUAGGGCUCUGCAGUUGUGAGGAUGCUAGAGAUGCUGCUUUAAUUCAACGUCAGAUCAAGUUUGAUCAAUAUCCCCCUGCUGGCCCAAUUGGAAGAGCCUUAUUCACAAUCCGCGCUGGUCCUCCUGCUCUACCACCAUCUUUGGGAUACCUCACUUAUUUUUUUCAGUGGCAGAGAAUUUGAUCCGCAACCCAGCUUGCAUUUCAACCUGACUGGGGUACUGUGAAAGAAAAAGAAAAGAAAGAAAGGGCUGAAGAAUAAAAAACUGGAGGAUUGCCUCAGCGUUGCAAGGCUGUGAAUACAUGCUUCUGCCUUUUCACUUUCGGUUUAGGAGUUGAAUUUAGAGGUUGGAGAAAAUGGGACGUAGCGUUGUACAGACUGUCUUUUUUCUAAUGUGGCUUGUCGGUAAAUCGUUUGGUGGCUUUCCUAACACGAUCAGUAUAGGAGGACUUUUCAUGAGAUCUACAGCGCAGGAGCACAGCGCUUUCAGGUUUGCCGUACAACUGUACAACACAAAUCAAAAUGUGACCGAAAAACCCUUUAAUCUGAACUAUCAUGUGGAUCACCUCGAAUCAUCCAACAGCUUUUCUGUGACUCAUGCUUUCUGCUCACAGUUCUCACGAGGAGUUUACGCCAUCUUUGGCUUUUACGACAAGAAGUCAAUGAACACGCUCACCUCGUUCUGUGGGGCCCUCCAUACUUCCUUCGUCACGCCCAGUUACCCGACAGGCGCCGAUGUUCAGUUUGUCAUCCAGAUGAGGCCAGCGUUGAAAGGGGCCAUCUUGAGUCUCCUCGCCCACUACAAAUGGGAGAAGUUUGUGUACCUUUAUGACACAGAAAGAGGAUUCUCCAUUCUACAAGCAAUCAUGGAGUCAGCUGUGGCAAACAACUGGCAGGUGACCGCGCGGUCAGUGGGGAGUAUAAGCGAUCCACAGGAAUUCAGACGCAUCAUUGAAGAAAUGGACAGGCGGCAAGAGAAACACUACUUAAUAGACUGUGAGGUCGAGAGGAUAAAUGCCAUCCUGGAGCAGGUUGUAGUCCUUGGUAAACACAGCCGAGGUUACCAUUAUGUUCUGGCUAACCUGGGCUUCUCAAAUGUUAGCAUGGAGAGGGUCCUGCAAGGCGGAUCAAAUAUAACAGGGUUUCAGAUUAUCAACCCUGAAAACCCAAUCGUACAGCAGUUCAUGCAGCGCUGGGUCCGCCUGGAUGAAAGAGAAUUCCCUGAAGCGAAAAACACUCCGCUGAAGUACACGUCUGCUCUGACCCACGAUGCCAUACUCGUGAUCGCUGAAGCCUUUCGGUACCUGAGACGGCAGCGGGUGGACGUGUCGAGAAGGGGCAGCACUGGAGACUGCUUAGCCAACCCUGCUGUACCCUGGAGCCAAGGCAUUGACAUUGAGAGAGCUCUGAAAAUGGUCCAGGUUCAGGGCAUGACAGGAAACAUCCAGUUUGACACCUUUGGUCGGAGAUCAAACUACACCAUCGAUGUGUACGAAAUGAAAGCUGGCGGUUCCCGAAAGGUGGGCUAUUGGAACGAAUACGAGAGAUUCGUGUACAUCAUGGAUCAGCAGGUCACCAACGACUCCUCUUCUAUGGAAAAUCGAACGAUCAUAGUCACUACCAUCAUGGAAGCUCCUUAUGUGAUGCUGAAGAAAAACUACGAGCAGCUGGAAGGGAAUGAAAGAUACGAAGGCUACUGUGUCGAUUUAGCUUCUGAAAUUGCGAAGCAUGUUGGAAUAAAAUACAAACUGUCGGUUGUGGCAGAUGGAAAAUAUGGAGCGAGAGACUCAGAAACUAAGAUAUGGAAUGGUAUGGUGGGUGAACUUGUAUAUGGGAGAGCAGAUAUAGCUGUUGCACCGCUUACUAUAACACUGGUACGAGAAGAAAUGAUUGACUUUUCUAAACCCUUUAUGAGCUUGGGGAUCUCCAUUAUGAUAAAGAAGCCUCAAAAGUCCAAACCUGGAGUGUUCUCCUUCCUGGACCCAUUGGCCUAUGAAAUUUGGAUGUGUAUAGUGUUUGCCUAUAUCGGAGUCAGUGUGGUGCUCUUCCUGGUCAGCCGAUUCAGCCCUUAUGAGUGGCAUUUGGAUGACAAUGAUGAAGCGCGUGACCCCCAGACCCCACCGGACCCGCCAAACGACUUUGGGAUUUUUAAUAGCCUCUGGUUUUCUCUGGGGGCCUUUAUGCAGCAAGGAUGCGAUAUUUCACCAAGAUCCCUGUCAGGACGAAUUGUUGGAGGUGUGUGGUGGUUCUUCACCCUCAUCAUCAUUUCAUCCUACACCGCCAAUCUUGCUGCUUUCCUCACUGUGGAGAGGAUGGUGUCCCCCAUUGAAAGCGCAGAAGAUCUGGCCAAACAAACCGAUAUCGCGUACGGGACCCUGGACUCGGGCUCCACCAAAGAAUUCUUUAGACGGUCGAAAAUAGCCGUUUACGAGAAAAUGUGGUCUUACAUGAAAUCCGCAGAACCCACUGUGUUUGCCAAGACAACACCGGAUGGGGUUGCCCGGGUACGAAAGUCGAAGGGAAAGUUCGCCUUUCUUCUCGAAUCCACCAUGAACGAGUAUAUUGAGCAGCGGAAGCCCUGCGACACGUUGAAAGUGGGCGGGAACCUCGACUCUAAGGGCUAUGGUGUGGCGACCCCCAAAGGCUCAGCAUUAAGAAAUGCUGUUAACCUGGCAGUAUUAAAACUGAAUGAGCAAGGCCUCUUGGACAAAUUGAAAAACAAAUGGUGGUACGACAAAGGAGAGUGCGGCAGCGGGGGAGGUGACUCCAAGGACAAGACAAGUGCACUGAGUUUGAGCAAUGUGGCUGGAGUCUUCUAUAUUCUUGUUGGAGGGCUCGGGCUGGCCAUGAUGGUAGCUUUGAUAGAGUUCUGUUACAAGUCCCGAGCAGAGUCCAAAAGCCUGAAACUUGCAAAGAAUACUCAAAACUUUAAACCUGUUCCCCCAACAAACACCCAGAACUUCGCCACCUACCGAGAAGGAUACAACGUGUAUGGAACAGAGAGUGUUAAAAUCUAGGGGUAUGAAUGAGAAUCCACUAACCCUGUACUGUGGGUCUUACUGUAAAUUUCAUAAUUGACUUGGCAUUUAUAUUUUUUAUUAAUUUACUUUUUUUCAGUUUUUCUGUCGUUUCUUUGUUUAGGUGUCAGACAUUUUCUGUUUGCAAUUCGUUUAAUAGUGUCCGUCUGUUUUCUUGAAUGCGGUGUGUCAAUAACAUGCCCUUUCUAAUUGGAUCUGCUCUGUCUUACUGCUUUCCAGAACACUGUUUUUCUAAAUAAAAUAAGCCUGCCAUUUCAUGGAAUGUGUAAAAGCCAGAACAAGCCAGAACAGUCAUUAACUGAUACUAACCAACCCAAAACUCACUUAGUAAAAGCACCACCGCUUGAAGGAGGGGAAGUAUGGGGUGAGCCAUGCGAUUGUGGUUUGCACUUAGUUGCCUCUCUUAGCUGGGGGCCCACAGAGAGUGCUGUAUUGGCCUUUGCGCUCCUGUGUUUUGGUGGUGGGGUGGAAUUAGCUGGGCAUAGCGGAUGUCAGGCAGAGUUUGGUAACAUCAGCUGCUUGGGAUAGCAUGUGGAAAGAUCUUCCUUAUUGGUAGGUGGGUUGCAGUGGUGAGUCCCACAUUCAAAAUACAAUAUAAUACAGAUAAAACAUAAAUAUAAAAGAUAACAGACUUGUCAUUUAACCAACCCAGGGAAAUCCUGAGCAAAUCUGGAAGUAUUCUUCUGUUUUUCGAUGACACUGAUGUCAACCCAAUCCAGACCCAUUUUGUCUUAGCAGGACUCAAGCCAGGACAGAACCGCUGGCAACGCGAUUAAUUAUGACAACGAGUGCUUGUUCUGCUUUUGCCCUUUCCCCUGUUCUGUUGCAAUGUGGUGGUGGAGGGUCAUUGUCUCUGUUUUCCUCUGCUGAACAGCUGGUGGGCCAGCAGCUGCACACACGUUAAGGGUGACAUCUGUGACUGGGAGCGAUGAAGAGAAUGGCCGUGCCAUGGGCCUCGACAACCCACGGUCACUGCACGCUGCCCCCCCCCCCCUCCCCCUGGGUGUCAGGCCUGGCACGAUAAUCGUUGACGAUGCAACUGACUUGUUAUUUAAAAGAAGUGAAUUCUUCCUUCAGUGCCUUAUGGAUCAUUCACAGAGCCACAACAGCAAUGCAACUCCUCACAGUAGUAUAUUGCUUUGCUUGAUAAAAGAAAUGGAGAAAUGACACAUUUUUCUUCAAAUGGGAAAUCGUACUUUCUGGUUCGGAUAAACUAUUUCAAGAACAAAAGUGAUCAUUAGCUGCCCCUGCACAACAGGACACGCUGUUCAUGUAGACAAUUGGAGAAUAUAUCUAAGUUAAGAAGAUACGAUGGGAGUGGAGGGAGUCUUCUUCCUUGGUUUAAAAUCUCCUCAUCUUCAUGCAGUUUGCUGACUUUAACGUCCCUUCGGCAAGGCAAGGCAACAUGUGGUGUAUUACAGAAUGCUCUAGGUUCCACAUUUUUGUUUCACAUUACUACAUUCAAAAUAGAAUUUCUGUUGGUGUGCUUCUCUCACGAAAGAACAGGACACCAAUCUUCAGGCAGUUGUUGCUUUUAAAAUGUAUUAGCACAAAGCUAAUGUUAAAAAGUGGGGAAAAAAUGUUUUAUUUAAGACCCAAAGAAUUUAUGUCCUGCUGACCGUAUAGAAAUUGCCUAUCAAAACUGUAUGUGUGAAAAAGGUGUGCAACUUUGUUUACAUCUAGUAAAGCCAACUGCAAAAGGAGUGCACGGAAUUCAUUUGUCAUGAAAGCAAUUUCCAAACUUGAUUUUGUGCCAGAUAGCUACUUAGCUAAUAUCAAUUCUUGGGGGAGGGUGGGGGGGAGGCAUAAUUGUGAGUUACUAAAACAGACUGUUCAAAAGAGCACCUGCAUAUUAAUUACCUCUAAUGUGACAGCAUAUGGUUUUAUAGUGUGAAGUGUUCUCUUCCUGGCAGUCGCGCUGAUGAAAGGUCAUUUGAAUGUACAAGACAAGGGAUAUAUACUGGAAAGAACAAAGCGACAUCCAAUUCCUAAGCACUUGUCACACCAUGUUACAAUUUACAAUGCUUGGGAUACAGAGCAGUAGAGCUCCCAUUGCCAGCUAUCAUUGAGUUCAAUACUUGUGCUAAAUUCAUUUCUACAAAGACCUGCCAAUGCCUUUACAAAUUUUUAGAUCUUAGUUUUUGUUUUUAAGAUGGACAUUUCUGAAUCAAGCUGUGUUAAGUUUUUUUUGUUGUGCAAAAUUUGGCAAAUAUUGGAAACAAGGAGGCAAGGAGGCAAGGAAAUUGUAACACAUUUCAAUCUAGAGAUACCCCUGUUAAUAUGUUUUACUUUCUCAAAGAAAACUAGGAUUCCACUGUCUUUAAGAAAUGUAAAAGAAAGAAAGAAACUGUGCUUUAUGAAUAUAACUCAAAAAUAUUGCAGAAAGAUAGUUUUCUAUAAACUUUUUUUUUAAAAAAAAAGAAGAAAACAAUUUAGAAAUAAAUGAAAAGAAUUUAAUGUAAAGAAAACUGUACACUUGUUCAAACAAAUUUCACGAGAGCAAAAGCUUUUCAGGUGGGAGUUUGUUUAGAUUUUUCUUACUUUUAAAACUGCAUGUACAAAGUGGUGAUUGCGUAACAAUCCUUGCUAUUUACUUAACGCUGCAGAAGGGCAGCAGUAGUAACUCCAGGACUUUUUUUGUUUUGUUUUUGUAACUACACUUCAGUGAAAAGAAAAAUUGCCAAGCAGCCUAGCGAUUAUAAAAGCAUAAAAAUAAUAAAGAAAAAAAAUAAAUAAAACUGCAUGUGAGAACAUAAAUAAAUGAUAAAGCCCCAUUAAUGAGGUAUUGUACAAAGAAUUUUAAUACAUUUUGUAAAUAAACUGUAUAGAAAAU